AUGAAGGCCCGCAUCAGCCUUCUCGCCACUCUCACGAGUGCAGCCUCAGCGGUCCUCGUCACUCACUACCAGAUCCACCCCGCCGGCACCACCGACACCCUCCACGCAACCGGGGAACUCCUCUUCUACCAGGCCAACGACUACCUCAAUGCCUGGACCAACAACACCGUCGACGGCGGGGCCACCAUCCAGAACGCGAAUACCAAUAUCCACCCGUAUAUCAGCUGUGACACCACGGUGUGCAAAUGUGCCGACCAGCCCACAACCUUUGUGUUUGAGGACGCCGGCGCGGGGGCCUUCGUCGUCCGCAACCCGGCCACCAAUCUGGUCUGGACUGCCGCGGACUCCACCAUCAAACCGUCCACGGCCGAUGGCAGUCCAGCUCAGCGAUUUAUCUUCCAACCGGUGGAGAUGACUGUUCCUCCGUAUUGA